AAGACUGAAUUUUUUAUUUUUUUCGUAAUUUGCAGACCUUGUGAGACCCGUGAGGAAUCUGAUUUUGGAAUGGGAGUCGGAGGAUUUUGUCUUGGACAAGAUACCAAAGGAAUUGAAAUCUGGGUUGAAGAAUUCGGGGAAGAGUUUCAAGGCAUGCAUGAAGGCUGCUCGUAUAGCCUUGACUGGGCGCCUGGAAGGGCCCUCGCUUGCCGAGCUGUUGUACGUUUUAGGACAACGGGAAUCCGCAGCGCGACUCGGCGUUUGUUCUGAGGUCCGAAAUCUCGGGAAUAAGCGAGAAAGGAAAACCGCUUAGCGAAAAAAUCGAUCGUAUCCAUAAACAUAGAAGGUCGGCUGUGUUUCUGUUUGACUUACUGUCUGUCUUUUGUUCUUCCGUCUCAUUUUGUUACCCCGUGAAUGGCAUUUGUUUUUCUCUGCAUUUUUGGGGGGCCGACGAAUGAGUGUUCGAGAUUCCCGGUGUGAAACGAUCCUGUUUCUCCGGGUGAUGAUGAGUGACUAUACACACAGUGAUUCACUGUCUUUCGGAA